CGUCCAAUAUUUCAAAAAGAAUUGAGCGCCACAACAUCUUUGUCAGUUUAGAGAAAUAAUGAAAUUCGCUGUGAAGGCAUGGAGCAACGGCAAGGCGCGCACCGGAUUUCUGCAGCUCGGCAACUGCCCUAACGCCAUUGAAACUCCUGCGUUACUUCUCUCUACUCGCAAAGGACUGCCUAAUUUCAUCUCUCCUGAUCUUCUUCCCUCUCUUCCUUCCCCUGAUUCUCACCUCCUCCAAUUUAGUCCUCUUCACUUCUUGGAAGGUCCUUCAUCGAAAACAAUAUCAAGGAUUGGAGGGCUCCAACAUUUACUUGGUUUACAUGAAUAUGGAUUUGUCGCUGUAGCAAGGGAUUCUGUUCAGUGCCUUCCAGAAUGUGAUGCGACAAAUAAAUUUGGAGCAUCUUUUGAGACUACUUGCGGUCGUCGUUUGAUUAGACCUGUUGAGUACAUUGAAAUGAUUUCAUCCAUGAAACCAGACAUUUGGGCAUCCUUGGCUGAUGAAGUGCCAUCAUGGGUUUCAGAUAAAAGGAAUAAAACAUCAGUGGAUCGGACAGUGAAAUGGUUGGAUGAAUGCAUCACUUUGAACUCAACAGGUGGAGCUGUUUUUGGAGCAAUUGUUGGUGGCAAUGAUAUAGAAGAACGCCAAAGAUGUGCUGUGGAGGUGGUUAAGCGUAAUGUAUCAGGUUACUGGAUUGGAGGUUUUGGGUCUGGAGAAAGCAUGGAGGAACGUCCUGCCCUUCUUGAUGCUGUUACGGAUGUUUUACCAGAGGAAAUGCCACGUAUGAUCUGUGGGCUUGGACUUCCAGAGGAGAUCUUGCAGGGCAUUGCCACGGGAGUCGAUCUCUUUGACUCUGCGUACAUAUAUCAUUUAACCCUUGGAGGCUUUGCUCUCACCUUCCCACUUAAUGGAAUUGUGGAGAAACAACCUGCCGCGCACCUGAAAGAUAAAGCAUGUGAUAUGACAAAGAUUAACCUAAGAGCAACACUUUAUCGGAAAGAUACAUCUCCAAUUCUUGAGGGGUGUAAUUGCUAUACUUGCCUGAAUCAUACGAAGGCUUAUAUAAAUCACUUACUGAAUGUCCAUGAAAUGCUGGCUCAGAUACUGCUGGAGUUACAUAAUACUCAUCACUAUUUAGGAUUCUUUCGAUCAAUCCGAGAAGCAAUCAAGGCAGGCAAAUUUAAGCAAUUUCAUCAGACAUUUGUUGAGGUGAGGCGUAAUCAUCUAGCCUUGCCAACAUCAGCACUCAGCUGCUGACGAGCUCAUCAAACAAGUUAUUUCAUACUUGAAAAGAAUAUAAUAUUUCAUUAAAUUAUGCUAUGAAUCGAUCCAUAAUAUUAACAAGUGUGUACCUUAGCUUAUUAAAGAAAGGACAUGUGUGCGGUUCUCUUGCACAAAAAUACCUAACUACUUUAAAAGCAUGUUUAACUUAGGUUGCAUUGCUUCACAGGUAAGACAUUUAAUGUUAUCGUAAACCAAAACUAAAAAGUAGCUUCAUAAUA